AGCCAGCUCUCAGCGCCGCUCCCCAGUCCAGUCCCAAUAGUGCGCAGGCGCGGAGGUUUCCUUGUCAGUCGGAUCCGCGUGUGGGCUACUUGCUCUGUAGCAGCGGCGGCUGGUCUCCGGCAUUAUGAGCGGCUUUAGCAGUGAGGAGCGCGCCGUGCCCUUCACUUCUGACUACCGGGUCUUCUUCAAAAAUGAAAAAGGACAGUAUAUAUCUCCAUUUCAUGAUAUUCCAAUUUAUGCGGAUAAGGAUGUGUUCCACAUGGUGGUUGAAGUACCACGCUGGUCUAAUGCGAAAAUGGAGAUUGCUACAAAGGAGCCUUUAAACCCAAUUAAACAAGAUGUGAAAAAAGGAAAACUCCGUUAUGUUGCAAAUUUGUUCCCUUAUAAAGGAUAUAUCUGGAACUACGGUGCCAUCCCUCAGACUUGGGAAGACCCAGGACACAAUGACAAACACACUGGCUAUUGUGGCGACAAUGACCCGAUUGAUGUCUGUGAAAUUGGAAGCAAGGUAUGUGCAAGAGGCGAAAUAGUCAAGGUGAAAGUUCUGGGCAUAUUGGCUAUGAUUGAUGAAGGGGAAACUGACUGGAAGGUGAUUGCCAUUAAUGUGGAUGAUCCUGAUGCGGCCAAUUAUAAUGAUAUUGAUGAUGUCAAGCGGCUGAAACCUGGCUACCUAGAAGCUACUGUGGACUGGUUUAGAAGGUACAAGGUUCCCGAUGGAAAACCAGAGAACCAGUUUUCUUUCAAUGCAGAAUUUAAAGAUAAGGACUUUGCAAUUGAUAUAGUUAAAAGCACUCACAACUUUUGGAAAGCGCUAGUGGCAAAGAAAGUCGAUGGAAAAGACAUCAGUUGCAUGAAUACCACAGUGUCGGAGAGCCCCUUCAAGUGUGACCCUGCUUCUGCCAAAGCCAUCGUGAAUGCUUUGCCACCACCAUGUGACUCUGCCUGCACAAUACCCACAGAUGUGGACAAGUGGUUCCAUCACCAGAAAAACUAAGGAAGUGUCCCAGAUACAAGCGGAUAUUGCUGCAUCCUAUUCAUCUGGAAGUAUUAGAUGCAAAAGUAGUGGCUUUUCAAAACUUUAAAUUUAUAGAACUAAUCUACCAAAGCAAACUCUUGUGACCAAUCCAAUAUAUUUAGUGUGUUAUCCAUAUAAAGCAUUUUUCAUAUUGCAACUAAGAUAACUUCUAGUUCAUGCUUAAAUAUCAAAACAGUUAUUGGAAUUUGAAAGUCAUUUGUGAAUAAAUGUGCAAGAUAUUGGAUGUAUAUGUUUAGUGUGUGUUAGGAAAUAAAAUUAUUUUGCUGAAA